CGUGCUAGCUAACGCAUUACGUUUGAUCAAAACAACAACCAUUGGAAGCCAACUUCCGGGUAGGCCUACUUUCGCGCAGCUGCAGAAAGUAGAAAUGUUGUGAGCCGGAGGAUUCUGAAAUAUACAGCAUCAAAGCUUGGUGUAAAGCAAGGAAACUCCGUAAUGAAACAAGAGUACCAGGACCUCAUUCUGCAGGCGUGUGGAGCAAAGACUUUGCGUGUAGGAGAGAAAAUCCAGACUCUGUGGAGUGGUUAUGGUGAGAUUGUGAGAGUCCACUUAGAAGGCUGUGGCCGACCCUCUGUCAUAGUAAAACAUGUCAAGUUCCCCAAGGAGGCGGAUCAUCCUGGUGGCUGGAACACAAAUCGCUCUCACCAACGCAAGGUGAGAUCAUAUCAAGUGGAAACUCACUGGUAUCAGAAUUACUCCACCAAUGAGAGGUGUCGUACCCCUGUCUGUCUAGCCGCCCAUUCCUACGGAGAUGAACAGCUGAUAGUCCUCGAGGACCUAGAUGAAGCUGGAUUCGACCAGAGAAGGACCAGUGUAAAGGAAGCAGAGGUGAGGGCCUGUCUCAGCUGGCUUGCCCACUUCCAUGCCCUGUUCUUGGGGGUGGUGCCGGCUGGGCUGUGGCCAGUGGGCACAUACUGGCACCUGGAGACCCGGCCAGACGAGCUGGAGGUCCUGAACGACCUGCAACUCAAAGCAGCCGCCGGCGACAUUGACAGGAUUCUCAACGGAUGCCGAUUCAAGACCAUUGUGCAUGGGGAUGCCAAACUGGCUAACUUCUGUUUUUCUGGGAGUGGAGUGAGUGUGGCGGCAGUGGACUUCCAGUAUGUGGGUGGGGGGUGUGGGAUGAAGGAUGUGGUCUACUGCUUAGGAAGCUGCAUGGAGGAGAAAGCCUGCGAAAAGAGGGUUCCUGGGUUGUUGGACUAUUACUUCACAGAGCUACGGUCGUCUGUGGACAAGCAGGUCGACUUUGCUGCCCUGGAGGCUGAGUGGAGAGACAUGUUUUCUUUCGCCUGGACAGACUUCCACCGGUUCCUACUGGGGUGGAUGCCUGGACACUGGAAGAUAAACCGCUACAGCAAGCAGUUGACCAAAGAGGUCCUGAAAAAACUGAAACUGUGAUGCAAUCCGUGCCCUUCAUUUUGGCUCAUUUGGUUACUUGCUGCUGAUUGGACAACUGUGGACUGAACAAUAUCUGGAAAUUUGAAUCUACUUAUAUUCUUGAGGUGUGUCUUUUCUCCAAUAAUAUAGUAACUUAGUAUCAAUCCUUACACUGAUACCCCAGUUCUUAAAGUUGUCUCAUUCUUUAUGAUUCUUUAAGUAUCCCUUUAAAAUAAAGGGAUCAUUAAAUUAAAGGGAUAACAGUCAGCAGUAGGAUAUUUGUAUUUCCUCAAAGUGUAUCUCUUUCUCCUGAAGCAGAGAUCUUCACUGAUUGACCACACAAACCCUGUUCAGUCAGGACCACUGAUGAGGAACACAAAUUCAACCUCCUAAGAGGAGUCUGGACAUCUAACCCUCCUCAGGAUCAUCCUGAUAGCAGUGGGGUUAUUGGGGUCCUCACACAGGAUGGACUCCCAGAGGCCAGCAGCCUUGUUGGGCUCAGACUGAAGGAUGCAGGACAGCGGUUCUGUCCUGGUAGGUGGCUGAAGCUCUGGUCCAGAGACCAGAGGCUUGACCAUUUGACCACUGGCACCAUUAACAUGAUGUUUCUGUAAUUCACAUGCUAAGGGUUUCUGAAACAUGGAAAGAGAACGUAGGACCCUCAUCUGUAAUAUGAAAACAUUUGUUUUGUGCAGUUUAGGAGUGGCUUAAGGUUUUGACCUGUAAUUGAAUGGUUUGUGGUUGUAUUUAGAUUACAGUAUACAGUAACAUUGACAUUCUAGUUUUUUUAUUGAUAAUUGUAUCAUAUAUAAAGAGAGUUGUUUUGUCCAUUCACCUUUUCCAUUUUCUGAGAAAAUAAAAAGUUAUAAAAUGUCAAA